AUGGAACAGCCUCCUGGUUUUGUGGAUCCUUCUCAGCCUACCCUUGUUUGCAAACUUCACAAGGCACUUUAUGGUUUGAAACAGGCUCCUCGAGCCUGGUAUUCUACUUUCUCCUCCUUUCUUCUCUUUAAAGGUUUUCUUCAGAGUCGUUGUGAUUCUUCUCUCUUCAUUCAUUCUACCUCUUCUUCCAUUACCUUUCUUCUUAUAUAUGUCAAUGACAUUCUUCUUACUGGUUCUGAUCCAUCCUACCUUCAUUCCUUAUUAACUCAAAUGCACAAUGUUUUUUCCAUGAAAGAAUUAGGGGAUAUUUCCUAUUUCUUAGGUAUUUCUGUUCAGUCCACUGCUCAAGGCUUCUUUCUCUCCCAGCAGAAAUAUGCCUUGGAGCUUCUUCUUAAAGCUGGCAUGACAACCUGCAAGCCUUGUGCUACUCCUUCAUCCGCUAAACCUUCUGUUACUGCUGCUGAUUCUCUCUCAUUCUCCCAACCUUUUCUCUAUCGCAGCCUUGUGGGUGCCCUUCAGUAUCUUACUAUCACUCGUCCUGAGCUCUCUUCUGCUGUCAACCAAGCCUGCCAACAUAUGCAUGCCCCUACUGUGGCCCAUUUCUCUGCUGUGAAACGUAUCUUACGAUACAUUAAAGGCUCCAUUUCUCAUGGUUUUCUCUUUGCUCCUAGUUCUUUUCAUCUCACAGCCUACUCUGACUCUAAUUGGGCUGGGGAUGCCACUGACAGACAUUCCACCUCUGGUUACUGUGUGUUCUUGGGUUCUAAUCUCAUCUCUUGGUCCUCCAAGAAACAGUCCACUGUGUCUCGCUCCUCCACCGAGGCUGAAUAUCGGUCCUUAGCACACACUGCUGCAGAACUCACUUGGUUGCAAAUGCUUCUUGCUGAUUUUCACAUUCCUCAACCAUCUCCACCUGUUCUUUGGUGUGACAACAUGUCUGCCUUGUCCUUGGCUGCUAAUCCGGUCUUUCACAGCCGCUCUAAACACAUUGAAGUGGACUGUCAUUUCAUUCGUGAAAAGGUUGCUCGUCACCAGUUCUGUCUCAAAUAUGUUCCUUCUUUGGAUCAAUUGGCUGACAUCUUCACCAAAUCUCUGUCCACUGCCAGAUUUUCUUUUCUCACUUCCAAGCUUCGUGUUGGUCUUCCCCCUCUCAGCUUGCGGGGGCCUGAUAAGAAAGAGGUCCAAGAGGUCCAAGAGGAGGUUCAUUCAGUGUAA